AUGCCUGUUCAACCACGAGACAUCUCUUCUAUCGACAGGAGCUCGUUCGCUUACAUUGUCGAGCAAAAUGUAUCGAUUCCCCUCAAGAGCUCCCAAGGAUUGGUCAGGUGCAACGUCUAUCGACCGAAAAGCGAGGACAACAAAUGCCCCGUGCUCGUAACCUACGGCCCUUACGGCAAGGACAUCCCCUACAAGGACUUCCACGCACAAUCUUUCUCGGAAGUGAACCAAGAGCAUAAGUCCGAGCACUCAGCAUGGGAGACCCCAGAUCCUGGGUACUGGACAUCGCAUGGCUACGCCGUGGUACGGGCGGAUGAACGUGGCUUAGGUCAAUCUCCAGGAGUUCUCGACACUAUGUCUAAAGGCACUAGUGAGGCCUUCUUCGACGUCGUGGAAUGGUCCUCAGAGCAACCGUGGUCAAAUGGCAAGGUGGGCCUCCUGGGUAUCAGUUAUUACGCUGGGAGUCAAUGGCGAGUUGCAGCACUACAGCCUAAGGGUCUUGCCGCUAUCGUCCCCUGGGAAGGAAUGAGCGACUAUUACCGCGACCGCUGCCGCCACGGUGGCAUUUUGUCUAAUGCAUUCAUUCGCUUUUGGUGGGAUCGCCAGGUGCUAAGUAAUCAGUAUGGAUUACCUGGUCGAAAGGCUAGAAACUGGGGUCCCGACACCAUCGAAGGUGACCUGACCGCGGAGGAGCUGGAGCAGAAUCGGAGGGAUCAGAACGUCGACAAUGUCGAAAACCAAUUUCGAGACCAGCCAUACUACGCUUCGAAAGAGUAUAACCUUGAAGAUAUAAGAGUGCCUGUCCUGAGCGUGGGGAACUGGGGUGGAAUUCUGUUACACCUCAGAGGCAACAUCGAAGGUUUCACUUAUGCUGGAUCGAAGUUCAAGUAUCUAAGAUUUUGCGUCGGCCGGCACGAUCUGCCUUUCUACUAUCAUGAGCAAGUCGAGAUGCAGCGAAGUUUCCUUGACGCCUUCCUCCAUGGAGAUGACAGAGUGGGCUGGUCGGUAGAAGGUCAAGUAGCUCGGGUAGGCUUGGUACUGCGAAAGGGCGACGCGGGUCACAAUAAUCCAGAGGCAGAGAAGAAAUUCCCUACGCGAGAGGAAGAAGAAUGGCCAAUUCCUCGCACACUCUAUACGCGUUUCUACCUCACAGACCAACUUGGCUUAAUAAAUCAGAAACCGGCCUACAAGCAAACAAGCAAGUUGACCUACAAAGCGCUCGGGACGCUCAGGGAGCCACAACUGAUCCAAUUCACCACUGCUCCAAUGGGGAAGGAAGUCGAAAUCACUGGGCAUAUCGUUGCACAUCUCAAUGUUUCUAUGAACGCUGACAUUGGCGGCAAUGUACCGACAGAUAUCGACCUUUUCCUGACCCUUCGGCAUAUUGGACCUUCAGGGCGUGAAGUGUUCUACACUGGCACAGCCGGUGACCCUGUACCACUGUGCAAGGGCUGGCAACGAGUGAGCCUUCGCAAAGUGAACGUCGACCACCACAGACAUCGACCCUACUUGCCAUAUCGAGACUAUUUCUCCAAUUCCGUCCUGCCUGUCCUGCCGGGCGAGGUCUAUCCUGUGGAUGUAGAGGUGUGGCCCACAAACGUUGUCCUUGAGCCUGGAGCCCAAUUGGUCUUGGAGAUCUCCUCGGGAGACACGCAGGGAUGUGGAACAUUCCAGCAUAACAGCCCAGUCGAUAGAUCGGACCAGAAGCUGGCUGGGAAGAACAACAUUCAUUUCGGACCAAAAUAUGUCAAUCACUUGACAUUGCCAAUUAUUCCACCAAAAUGA